CUCUGUUCCCAGCAACGCCGUUCCCGUCCUAUUGACAGAAGCUGUGAGCUGGGCCGGGCAGGGCUGGGAUGGCAAGGUCCCUGCUUUCCCAGGGUGAGGUCAGCCUGGCUAGGGCCUCGGAAGGAAGCCCCGGAGAUGGCCUCAGGGACCAGUGGGAGGAGCCGAGGGCCGGAGGGAGGCGUCCAGCCAGAACUAAGACCCAGAGCCCCCUCCUCCCUGCACCUGCCAGCCCGGGGCCCACUCUCCCUGCCACCCUUGCCCGCUCCCAGGAACCUCACGCCGCCGCCCUUCCCCGGGCCCCUUGGGCUGCCCCGUGCUGUUCCUGUUGCUAGAGGAGCCGGGUUUAUGGGCUGGAAGUCCGACCAGGAGGCUGCUCAAUGAUCUGUGACACACGGGGAGUGUGGGGAGGAUCCGGGAGCAGUGCCGCCCUGGGGCCCCGGCUCAGCCGAGGCAGCGAUGGGCAGGAGGGUGGCAGACAAAGGGCUAGGGGUGGCUCCGGGCCCAGCCCUCCUGCAGUGCCCGGCCUGACCUGCGGUCCCUCCCUCCCUCCUCCCCAGGGAUCGGAGCCGCUGCCCCAGAGCCUCUGGGCGCCACCAUGGCAUCUAACAGCACGAGGGAAAGCCCGGGCCUGCUGCCCCAGGCUGGGUUUUGGUUCUCCCUGGCCCUGGCGGGCCUCAUCGUGGGUGCCAACGUGCUGCUGGUGGUGGGAAUCGCCCGAGACCGCCGCCUCCGCAGGCCUCCUGCCGGCUGCUUCUUCCUGAGCCUGCUGAUGGCCGGACUGCUCACAGGGCUGGCGCUGCCCAUGCUGCCCCUGCUGUGGGCUCGGAGGGGGCAUGGCUACUGGCCCUGCCUGCUCCUCCACCUGGCCCCCAACUUCUCCUUCCUCUCUCUGCUCGCCAACCUCCUCCUGGUGCACGGCGAACGCUACCUGGCCGUCCUGAGGCCCCUCCGCCCGCCCCGAGGAACCCGCUGGGCCCUGGUGGCGGCCUGGGUGGCCCCACUGCUCUUUGCCAGCCUGCCUGCGCUAGGCUGGAAUCACUGGGCACCCGGGGCCAACUGCACAUCGCAGGCCAUCUUCCCCGCCCCCUACCUCUACCUUGAGGUUUAUGGCCUCCUGUUGCCCUCUGUGGUGGCCGCCGCUCUCCUCUCCGCCCGGGUGCUGGCCGCUGCCCGGCACCAGCUCCGGGACAUCUGCCGGCUGGAGAGGGCGGUGUGCCGCAGUGCCCCUUCACAGCUGGCCCGGACGCUGGCCUGGCGCCAGGCGCGGGCACGGGCAGGUGCCACGCUCCUGUUUGGGCUGUGCUGGGGCCCGUAUGUCACCGCCCUGCUCCUCUCAGUACUGGCAUUUGAGCAUCGGCCACCCCUGGGGCCUGGCACCCUCCUGGCACUCAACUCUUUGGGCAGCGCCAGUGCUGCCCUCGUCCCCGUGGCCAUGGGGCUUGGGGACAGCAGGUACACAGCCCCUUGGAGGGCGGCGGCACUGAGAUCCUGGGGAGCGCUGCGGAGAACAGCUGGCCGCCCCAGAGCCCGGCAGGGCCCCAGGCCAGGGUGGCAGCCUGCGCAGGGCCAAUGCCUGAAUGGGGAGGCAGGGGCACCCCCGAGCCCCGCCACAGGGCUCCCACUUCUCUAGUGCAUGGCCCCCAAGAGCCGUCUCCCUGCUGACCCCAACCAUGGACUCCCCGCCCACAGUUGCCUGGACAAGUCCAUCUGUCCCAGCCCACGGUGGUCCAAGGGAAGAAUCUCACAGCAACAGGCGAGAUCAUCCCUCAGAAGGGGGUCCGGUGCUGCUCCCAGUGGGUGAGGCAGGGAAAGGGGGCCUCAGUCCCGUCCCCACCC